AUCGUCGCCGUCGAGUUCGACCGUUCAGUUCCUCUUCCGCUCAUCGUCAAGUGAAGAUUGCGCUUUGAAAUCAACUCCGGGAAAAUGAGGGAAAUCGUACAUCUACAAGCGGGACAAUGUGGAAACCAAGUUGGGGCUAAGUUUUGGGAAGUGAUUUCUGCGGAACACGGUAUAGACCCCAGCGGGAUAUAUACAGGAGACAGCGAUUUGCAAUUAGAAAGGAUAAACGUUUAUUAUAAUGAAGCCUCAGUUGCUUCAUCAACUAACGGAGGAAAAUAUGUACCUAGAGCGAUUCUCCUCGAUCUGGAACCGGGUACCAUGGACGCGGUACGUUCGGGAAUAUACGGCAAACUUUUCCGACCGGAUAAUUUCGUUUUCGGUCAAUCGGGAGCAGGUAACAACUGGGCGAAGGGUCAUUACACUGAAGGUGCUGAAUUAGUCGAUGCCGUAUUAGACGUAGUACGAAAAGAAGCUGAAAACUGCGAUUGCUUACAAGGUUUCCAAUUGACUCAUUCGUUAGGCGGCGGUACCGGAUCCGGUAUGGGUACUUUACUCAUAUCCAAAAUUAGAGAGGAAUAUCCCGACAGGAUAAUGAAUACUUAUUCGGUAAUGCCGAGUCCUAAAGUAUCUGAUACGGUGGUGGAGCCUUACAACGCUACACUUUCCGUACAUCAAUUAGUAGAAAAUACGGACGAAACUUAUUGCAUAGAUAACGAAGCUCUGUACGACAUCUGUUUCAGAACUUUAAAAGUACCAAAUCCUAGUUACGGUGAUCUAAAUCAUUUAGUAUCUCUCACCAUGUCCGGAGUAACGACUUGUUUGAGGUUCCCCGGUCAAUUGAACGCCGAUCUUAGAAAAUUGGCUGUUAACAUGGUUCCGUUUCCUCGUCUUCACUUUUUCAUGCCCGGAUUCGCGCCUUUAACGUCCAGAGGUAAUCAACAGUACAGGGCGUUGACCGUACCGGAACUUACCCAGCAAAUGUUCGAUUCCAAGAACAUGAUGGCCGCUUGUGAUCCGAGACACGGUAGAUAUUUAACAGUUGCUGCGGUAUUCAGAGGUAGGAUGUCGAUGAAAGAAGUCGACGAACAAAUGCUGGCUGUUCAAAAUAAGAAUAGCAGCUACUUCGUCGAAUGGAUACCAAACAACGUUAAGACUGCCGUUUGUGACAUUCCGCCUGUUGGUUUGAAGAUGUCCUCUACUUUUAUUGGUAAUACCACAGCCAUUCAAGAACUAUUCAAGCGAAUAUCGGAGCAGUUCGCUGCUAUGUUCAGAAGGAAAGCUUUCUUGCAUUGGUAUACCGGUGAAGGUAUGGAUGAAAUGGAAUUCACCGAAGCUGAAUCUAACAUGAACGAUUUAGUUUCCGAGUACCAACAAUACCAAGAAGCAACGGCUGAUGAUGAAUACGAAGCUGAAGAAGAACCUGCUGCUGAUGAUUUCAAUUGUUGACGUAUUCUUUAGAUACUUAUGACACUUUACAGUCUAUACACUUUAUCAAUAUCAAAAAAAAAAAGAUAAAAUAAUACAUUUCUGAUAAAUAUUAAACGGUCGAUUCACACUGACGAAUCAUCCUAUAUAAAGAGAAUUUAUUUAUAAAAAAGGAACAUUGGCCUCUCUCCAUUCAAAAUAAUUUAUUAGUCACGAAUGGUUUAUUUUUUGUAACAUGCUAGAGUGUUGUUAGCUAGUCCUUUUCCUUAAAAACAAAUUAUUUCUGACAAUAAUUUCAAAUUUCAAUUUAUAAUAAAUCAUAUUAUUUGAUUACGGUCCUGUUGUGUCAAUCCUAGUCAUAAACAAAGAAGUCUCAUAUCUUAUUUUUAAUUUAUUAUUCUUACAGGUAUUUCUGGGACAACCUUUAUAUCUAUAAUUGUAGUAGUUGUAGGAUUAGUCGAAUAUCGAUUUGUUAUGGAAUUUAUAAAGAAUUAGUUUCGUGUCUUUUAAGGGCUUGUUGCAAAUCAUACACUAAUUAAGCAUUUAUUCUUUAAUUUCAUAUUUAUACAACUUUUUUACCUUUUUAUUUAAGUGUAGAAUAAAGACUGAAUUUCUACAAUAAA